AUGGUCGGCCUCGUCGUUCUUGCAUUGCUGCUCGGCGCGCGCAGAUGGGUCGACAUCGACGCUUCGUCUCUGCUAGGCAACACUGCCAGCAUCGGCGCCGGCCAACGGCGGCGUCACCACAGCAACUCCACGGCGCCCCUCGUGCACAUACCAUUCACCUGCGGCAACGCGACCUCGCCGCAGCAGCCGAAAUGCCCAGCGGCGCCAGCGCCGCCGCCGCCGUCGACAACGCUGCAAGUCCCCGGCGGCCCGGCGCCGCCAUCGUGCCCGGACUACUUCCGCUACAUCCACGACGACCUGUGGCCGUGGCGCGGCGCGGGCAUCACGCGGGAGGCGGUGGAGCGCGCGCGGCGGCACGCCUACUUCCGGCUGGUGGUCGUCGGCGGGCGCGCGUACGUGGAGACGUACCAGCGCGCGUACCAGACCCGGGACGUGUUCACGCAGUGGGGCAUCCUGCAACUCAUCCGCCGCUACCCCGGCCGCGUCCCGGACCUGGACAUCAUGUUCGCCUGCGACGACCCCGGCCAGGUGCGCGCCGCCGACUUCCCGUCGCCGUCGGAGGCGCCGCCCGUGUUCCGGUACAGCAAGGACGCGUCGACGCUCGACAUCGUGUUCCCGGACUGGUCCUUCUGGGGCUGGCCGGAGGUGGGCAUCCGGCCGUGGACGCAGAUGCUGGAGGAGGUGGCGAGGGAGAACGAGCGCGUGCGAUGGCCGGAGAGGCAGCCCUACGCCUACUGGAAGGGGGCACCUUCGCGUUACCGCAUCCGCCAUGAGCUCAUGAGAUGCAACGCCUCCAACGGCCAAGAAUGGAAUGCCCGCCUUUUCAGCCAGGACUGGAGGCAUGCCGUCAGAAAUGGCUUCAAAGAUUCAAGCAUACCGAAGCAAUGCCUAUACAGGUACAAGAUUUACAUCGAAGGGAAUGCGUGGUCAGUAAGCGAGAAGUACAUCAUGGCGUGCGACUCGCCGGUGCUGUUCGUCACGACGCUCUUCCAGGACAUCCUGUCCAGAGGCCUCGUCGCCGGCAAGCACUACUGGCCCAUCAACCGGGAGCACAUCUGCAAGUCCAUCAAGUUCGCCGUCGACUGGGGCAACGAGCACCCGGCGCAGGCGCGGCUCAUCGGCGAGCAGGGCAGCCGGUUCAUGAGGGAGGAGAUGAGCAUGGACUACGUCUACGACUACAUGCUCCACCUGCUCACCGAGUACGCCAAGCUGCUCCGGUACAAGCCCACCGUCCCGGAGAAGGCCGUCGAGAUCUGCACCGAGUCCAUGGCGUGCCCCGCCCGGGGCCUGCACAGGGAGUGCAUGAUGGACUCCAUGGAGAGGCACGUCGCCGGCUUCGACCCGUGCACGCUGCCGCCGCCGUUCACCGAGGAGGAGGCCAAGGAGAUCGCCGACAGGGAGACGGAGGUGCUGAGGAACGUAGAGAAGAUGGAGGGCUAAGCUAGAUGACAGUUGACACUGACAGUAUACAGUUCAGCUGGAGGCACACUAUUGAUGCAGCCAUCGAGGUAAGUUAAUAAGGACAAAGAGUUGAGCAAAACGUUAAAUGUAUCAUUAACACAGAAACUUAGAAGAAGGGUAAACUUAGAUACUCAUACAUCAUUAAUCUAUCUAA